UUUUUAUUAGGAUGUAGCUGACCUCAGCGAACUUUCCGAUCAAACAAGGGGAAUUACAUCCAAAACGUUGUUAUAAAAAUGAUUGUUUCCCGACUUGGCCAGUCUCAAAAUGUUCCGACUGGUGUUACUCCUAGCAGCUUGGCCGCACUUGGCCCACAGUGCGUGUCCCACGGUUAUCUCGCGGUCGGAAUGGGGCGCAAGAGCGCCCAAAUCGUCCCAGCCUUUGGCCCAAAAACCAGCCCCGUUUGUGGUGGUCCACCACUCGGACGGCUCGAAUUGUCUAAGUCUCCAGGCGUGCAAAAGCCGCGUCAAAGGCAUUCAAAACUAUCACAUAGACCACAAUGGGUGGCAAGACAUCGGUUACAACUUCUUGAUUGGGGGUGAUGGCAAUGUCUAUGAGGGGCGCGGUUGGGGUAUUUGGGGGGCGCACGUGCCGAGGUACAACUCGAAAAGUAUCGGGAUUUGUGUUAUUGGAAAUUUUCAAAGCACAGCACCGACGCAAACACAGUUGGAUGCUUUGAAACAGUUAAUUUCUUGUGCCCAAGAAGGGAAUUAUGUACAGUCUGAUUACCGGCUGAUUGGGCAUCGGCAAGGGAGCAGGACCAGUUGUCCUGGUAACCAACUGUUCAAUGAAAUUGGUGGAUGGACGCAUUUUGACGCCACCGCGCGCCCCUAGCGUUUUAAAAAUAACUUGUUAAUAGAUCUGAUAUUGCAUAUUAUUUAUAUUUGUAUAUUAAAAUUUACACUAAACUUU